GGUUAAUGGCGCUGAUCUAUGACCGUGAUCUCUGGCCACGCCAAUCUUUCGACCCUUCCUGUCCUAGUGGUGGAUCCUGGUACGCUUGCACAACUGGAUCCAGAUUCGUCGGAUGCUGUACUGGCAGUAUUGACCCAUGCGAUGAGAAGACGAGUUGCCCACAAAAGAACCUCAGGCCGGCGAGCUUCGACGUUGCUCAAUAUGGCAUGUUUCCGGACCAAACAUGCGACGCCGACAGCAAUUGGUACACUUGUACCGGAACAGACCCAGCCUUCAUNGGGUUGCUGCAAGAGCAAUCCAUGUUCGAGUGGAUGCCCAACAAAAGACCUCACUGCUGCAAUAGCUUCGGCUUUAUAACGACUUCCGCAGCCGCUGCUACUUCGACGGCAGCGGACACAAACACGCCUACCGCCUCACCAACUCCAUCAUCCCCAUCAGAUCACGUUGGCGCCAUAGCAGGAGGUGCAAUUGGAGGCGUGGCUGGUAUCGCUCUGGUCGUGAUCGGAUUGUUGUGGUGCCUCAAGCGUCGAAAACGAGCACAUCAACGAGAACUCGAACAACAAAGAAUGGCGGCAGAAUACAAGAACGACGAUGGACAUUUCCAUAACACAUAUGUUCCUCGACAAGUAGAUACUCCUACAGGGAUCCAACCUGAGGACGUUGAAGAACCUCGAAGGACUGUCUACUCUACGGAAGACCCAGAAGGUAUUGAGGUUGACGAUCGACCUCCGCGGGCAGUUUCGACGAGACCGAGCACUGCUGAUCAACAUCUCACCUCGGUCGUCCAAAGCUUCAAUGUCAGCCCAAAUGUCAGCCGACCACCCAGCGUUGGUAGCCCACCCAGUGUCGGUCAUCCUCCAAGCGUCGGCAAUCCACCCAGCGUAGGAAACUCCUGGUUCACUCGCGACUCCAUCUUUGCAAACGGCAAUCCGCAACUAGCAAACCUUCCUUCACCCGACGACUCACGUCGUGUCUCUUGGAUCGAGCAAUCACGCUACCACAACAAUGGCAGUCCUGUCGUGACGCCCAUCCACUCGCCUAUUCACAACAAUCAACCCGAUUACUUUGGUGCUUUUGAGAAUCACCAACGCAAUAUUUCGUAUGCCACUCAACAUCCGAUUUCGCCGCAGAACCAGUAUUUCGAACUGGACGAUACGCAAUUGAGCCCACCUGUCGAGCUCGAAGCUGUCGAAGCGACUUUAAAAAAGCAAGGAGAAGAGAAGACAGAGCAGGAUGUGUUACAGCCGGCAGCACAGAGACGUGGUACGCAUGAUGUUGAGGAAGGAAAGACUGGGUCUGCCUACUACUCCNNCCCUGAUGAUGUCGGCAAACCUCAAAGCAGAGGC